AUGGCGGAGUGGGAGAAAUUGGUUGCUCCUUUGAAAUUCGGACAGAGAGGAAGCAAGAUCCUGUUGACAACUCGGAUGGGCUCAGUUGCGGAUAUGGCGGCAAAAGUGAUGAAAUGCAAAUGGGAAUCAUUAAAUCUAAAUGAGUUGGAGGAGAGCGACUGUAUGUCGCUUUUCAAUAAGCAUGCAUUCCUCGAUGUGAACCCUGGUGAUUAUAAAAACCUGCAGCUGAUCGGUGAGCAAAUAGUGAAGAAACUUGGAGGAAGCCCAUUGGUUAUAAAGAUCAUGGGAGGAAUACUGAAUUCCCGUAUAGACUAUGAACAGUGGAAGAAAAUCUUGGAAGAAGACAUCAUGAAAUUACAACAAGGAAAGGACGAUAUCAUGACAAUUUUGAGAUUAAGCUACGAUCACUUACCCACAAACUUACAACUCUGCUUUAGAUAUUGUAGUUUAUUUUCGCAGGAUCAUAUAUUUAAGAGGAAAAAGUUAGUCAAUAUGUGGAUUGGUUCAGGUCUGAUUCCGCAAUCUAUUUGUGGCAGGGAAAGGGCAGAGGAUAUCGGAAAGGAGUAUUUAAAUCUUCUGACAAGAAAAUCAUUCUUUACCUGUAAAACCCAUGAUAAUAGGGUGGAAAUUACUAAAAAGUAUUUUAUGCACGAUCUGCUGCAUGACCUAACACAAUCAGUUUCUCUAGGAGAAUGCAUCAGAGUAGGAGGUGAUGUUUCAGGAAUUACUAUUCCACAGACAGUUCGACAUUUAUCUGUUGAAAUGGUCAAUUUUCUUUCCAUCAGAGAGAUCUCCAAUCUUAAGAAUGUGCGCACUCUAGUCAUUUCUGUUAAAGAGGAUAAUAAGCAUAAUGCAGAUCAUGCACUUGAAUUUAUCGAGGUUAUAAAAGGGUUUAAAAAGUUACGCUUAUUGAUCUUAGAUGUGAAUUUUGACUCUUAUAAACUGCUUGAUGCAGUUAGUAGCUUGAUACACCUUCGCUACCUAUCUCUUUCAAUAGGGGAAGUUGUGACUGAAAGUAUUGAAUAUAAUGGCUUGACCAACUUGGUCAAUUUGCGUUCAUUAGAUGUUCUUGAUCGUGUGAUACAAAAAAUUCCUUAUAUUAGCAAAUUACCUUUCAUCCACAAUUUACAAAAUUUUAUUGUCCGAGAGGAAAGUGGUUACAAAAUCACUGAGCUAAAGAACCUCAGGGACCUACGUCACCUGUGUAUUAUGAAACUUGAAAAUGUGAGUUCUAAAGAAGCAAUUGAGGCCAAUUUAAACGAGAAAAAAUAUCUUAAAUCAUUGUCAUUGCAAUGGUCCGCAAACCGCUACAAUUGUGCAGAGGCAGAUGAACAGCUCCUCGAUAACCUCUGCCCGCAUAUCAGUCUCAAGAAAAUGUGCAUUGUACAAUACCAAGGUGCUAAAUCUCCAUGUUGGAUGACAAUUCUGUCUCUUGUCAACUUGACAUCCAUCGAACUGAUUGAUUGUAAAGGAUGGAAGCACCUCCCGCCUCUCGGGCAGUUUUCUUCGCUCCAAUAUCUUUGGUUGUCGAGACUGCAUGCAAUAAAGCAAAUAGAUUGUUCAUUCAUCAGAAGCAGCCGUGGAUGUGCCUUUCCAUCAUUGAAGGAUUUAUUCUUUGCGGACAUGCCUAACUUGGAGGAGUGGAUUGGAGUAGAUGACAGGUGCAUGUUUCCUCAACUUCAUUCUAUGAGUAUUUUUGACUGCCAUAAUUUGAGGGAAAUUCCUACUCUGCCUUAUAGUCUAAGACAAUUGGAAAUUUCAAAUGUUGGAUUGACUGCUCUUCCAACAAUAAAUCAGGAUUACGCAGACAACAAUAUAAAGAACUGCAAAGAGCUGUCAUCAUUUGGUGGAAUACAAGCUCUCAUAUCCCUCCGUUAUUUAAAAAUUAGAGGGUGUGACAAGCUAAUUGAAGCUGCCCUGCUGCCGCAGCCUCCGUUCCCGAACGAUGUCGGCCAAAAAAAGAAUGCAGCGAACAGCUUUUUGAAGAAUGGCAGCCUAUUCAUUGACCACCACGCGCUCCUGCUCAUGAAGCCAUUGAGAAGUCUCUCCUCCGUCAGCUCGUUGACUAUCUCUCGUGCUUCGGGACUCACCAGCUUACCUGAGGAAUGGCUACUGCAAAAUUGCGCCGCCCUCAAAGUUUUACGCAUAGGGAAUGCAGUCUCCCUUCAGUCCCUCCCCCAGAGCAUGACAAAACUAUGCUCCCUCGAGUGUUUAGAAGUACUGAAUGCUAAUCUCAUCCGGUCUCUUCCAGAUCUGCCUACUUCACUGCAUGUUCUACGCAUCGCCGGGUGUCACCCUGUGUUGGAGGAGCGAUGCCAAGAGAAUGCUGGCCUUGAUUGGCCCAAGAUUGCCAACAUCCCUGACGUGAGGAUUGAACAGUUGCAGAGUGACGAUGACGAAAUUGUAUGUUUACUUUACCAUCCUUCAUCUCGCCCCUGCUAUAUACUCUCUGCGAUUAACGCAAUUCAUUUCGAUUUUAAUGAGCUACAUCUCGUUCGAUCUUAA